GGAAGAAGCGUUGUAUAGUGGGAUUAACCGCAGGUGUCGUCGGCGUACAUGGAGCAGUUUUCUCCGGCCAGUUCUUGCUCGAAGGGUCACCGGCGAUCAUUGGCGGUGGAGACGGCUGCCGGAGGCAGUAUCUGCCUCUCUUGCUUUGCCGCGCUCGUGUCCGAUUCCCGCUCCCCUACCCACCACGUCUCUUACGCGCUUUCCCAACUCAACCUCACCUUCGACGACCCCGAUCUCCUCCUCGAGCUCCGUGAACGCCACGCUUAUCUUCUUGUGGCCCCGCUCGUCGCCGCCCUCUCGGCAUUCGACGACGAGCCCCUCGCUCGCCAAGUGAUGGAUGUGAUCUCCGAUCUCUGUUUUCGGGGGGAAAUAAGAAGGUUAGGGUUGGGGGGAGUAAGCGAAAAAUUCACCGCCAGCUCUCUGUCUGGCGAUUUCAUUGCUCGAAUAGCGGAUCGGCUCGCGUCGGGGGCGCUCGCAUGGAGCCGGCGGCAUAUCUACUUGUUGCACUGCUUUGGAGUGCUCCUAAAUUCUCAUCAGGGUAGUAGCCCGGCAGCUCACAUCAGGGAACAAGAUGCCCUUUUCUCCAAUCUCCUUUUUGGUCUCCAGCUCCCAAGCGAAGAAUUGCGUGGGGAGGUGUUGUUUGUGAUUUAUAAGCUAUGCCAGCUCAAUGUUACUCCAUGGGAGAAUGUUGAUGAUGAUGAAAACGACUGUGUGGAAUCCUUGGACGCCAUGGCAAGUUCCUUGUGGCGUCUUGCAUUAGAAAUUCUGCUUAAAACCCAGCAUGACGAAGUUCGCAUUAACUGUUUGGCUUUACUCUUGGUAUUGGUUGGGAAGGGUCUUUUUCAGAACUUGUUCGUAGAUAAUAUCCCUGGCAUUGAUAUCAAAGAAACAAAGGCAAAUGGAGACGGACUAAUGCAGCAAUGUCCUCUUAUUACCCUGUUUUCUGAUGCAAUCAAAGGCUCUUUGCUUUCUUCUGACGAGGGAAUACAAAUCAGCACAUUAGACUUGAUCUUUCACAUGAUAUCACCAGAAAACUGUUCCAUUAAUCAACUUAGAGUUCUUGUAGAGGAAAAUAUUCCAGAUUAUAUAUUUGAAAUCCUCAGAUUGUCAGGGAAUAAGGAUCCUGUGGUUAUCUCCUGCCUACAGCUUCUAGCUCUCUUUUCUACUUCGGAGGAAGUCUUCAAACAAAAACUUGUAGUUGGAUUUUCGACAUUGCUUUCUGUUUUGCAUUAUACAUCACAGAUACCUCUGCAUCCUGUCCAACCUCAUGCACUAACGCUUGUCUGCAACUGCAUCUCAUAUUCCCCUGGUAUAAUGUCCAUAUCCCAAGUGACAGAAGUAGCUUUAAUUUUGACAUGUAUACUAAGGAGGUGCAUGAACGGAGAGCUUCCUGAAACCUUCAUCUUGGCAUGUUCAACAUUUGUGGAAAUUCUGAAGUCACCAUCUGCCUAUGGAAUCAAGAAGAUAGGAGAUAUGAUCAAAGAAGCAUCAAGGUGUGCAGUUUUAUCUUCGCUUUCUUUCCCUCAAGGAAAUCCUGCUGCACUUAUGAUGCAUUCCCUGGCUCUUCUGAAGGAAGCCCAUGCAUAUAGUCGUAGGGAAGAUGGCAGUGGCAACUCUGAUGAGGAACUGGAGGAAAACAUAAUGGUAACAUGCCAAAACUAUCUGUUACCUUGGCUGGAAAAAAUUAUAAAUGAAGAAGUCGAGGAGGAUGUGAUACAAGAAAUCGUUCAGACAUUUCAUCUCGUCUUGCUAAGUGGUUCUGAAGCCCAGACCCAGACAUUCGCAAAUAAUCUGAUUUCUUCUAAUUUGCUCACUUUGUGCUUUGCUUAUUUGGGUCUAUUUCCAACUGAUCAGAUGAGAUCAAGUGUGUAUUUGAUUCUUGGUUCACUAAUUGAUCGAGCUUUUGGUCCUAGCUUUGGGCAACCCUUGCGAGAUGCUUUGUUUUACCUCCCAGUGGAUCCUCUUGAUUUGAUAUUUUUGUUGGGACAGAAAAGCUCUAUUGAUCCUCAACUAGCUUUGUGUCAACGUGCUUCACUUUUGCUUUUAUAUGUUAGCUCGCUCUCAGGUGAAAGGUUUGCUGAUGAUACUCAAGUUUUGGCUUCAUUAGAGCAAUAUAUUCUUGUUAAUAGCAACAAUUUCUUUUGUGGGACUGGAGAUUCUUUAAUGUUAGCUCAAUUGGUGCAUCUCUAUGGACUUUACCGAGGUUCCCAAAGGGAUGAGAAGAUGUCAUAUAGUCCCGAAGCUGAGAAAACACUGCUUAAUUUACUAGCCAGAGAUGAUCUGGAAUUAUUCUCCUUUGGCAUACAUCCGAUGGCGUUGAAAUGGCUUUUCCAGCAAGAAAGAAUUAUGACUUACUUGUCUAACCAGAUCUUGAAGUUUUGUAGGCUCUCUAGAGCAAAUGAGUCCCAGCUUAUUGUCUAUUCAUAUGGAAGCCAAACAAUGAACAUGCAACUGAUUUCAGAACUGGUGGUAUCUGGAGAUAAUUACGUUGCACAACUGCUGGUGUCACUUCUGAGAGAACUUCAGGGAGAAGGUGGUGAAGAUGACAUGAUAUGUGUAUUGAAUACAAUGACCGAAAUACUGAAGAAAUUUUCUGACGCUUCUAUCCAGCUCUGCAUGCAUAGCUUUUCUGGUGCAAUUCGCAGCAUCUACUAUUCACCAAAUUGUUCUCCACAGCUCUUCUCAAGCUGCUCUCUGCUGGUUUUUCAUGUUCUUUAUACUACAAGCCACAACGUGCUCUCUCAAGAGGGGGAGUGGCUUGCAGUUACAGUGAAGCUGCUGGAAUACGUUAAUCCUAAGCUGGCUUCUCAGCUCUGGGGUCAAGACGAACUCCUGGUAAUUAGCAUUUUUUGUCUCAUUCUCCACCAUUCAAGAAACCAGGUGCUUGAAGAAGCUUCAAAGGCCAUACUGCUAAAUAGUGCUUUGGCUUCAGCUGUUGAGAAUAUAGUCCAAACAUCCAUCGCAAAAGGUCCAGCUUUAGUAGAUCAUGAUGAAGAAAUGGAGACUCGAGAAUGCUUACCUUUUUAUCUUUUACUGUAUUUCUUUUCCUUAAAUAGUUCUUAUGCUACUAUACAAGAUUGUCUGGAUUGGCAAGACUUUCUUCAAUCAUCCAAUACUGCUCCACCGACAUUGUUAAUCUCUAUAAAAUGUCAUGAUUUAUGCCGGUUGAUGCACUUUGGGUCUUCUCUGAUCAAGUCACUCUCAUCACAGUGCCUGGUUGAAAUGCUUAGCAGAAUCUCAGAUCAGAGAGAAAGAAACCAAGAAGAACUUAGAUGCUCAGCAAGAUAUCUACAAUCAAUGAUAGCCGUUAUGGAAAGCCUAGUUUUCUAUGAAGAGAAAGCUGUAGCCACAAACUGCGGUAUAUGUUUAUCUAAAAUUCUAAGUUGUAAGAGCCUGGGUUUGGGAGAAAAGAUGGUGAUCAGAAAUUGUAAAUGGUUCAGGAUGAUAAUGGAGGAGUUCACAAUGACCUUAACAGCUCCCAGUAUGGCUUCAAAAUACUUCAAAAAUCUGCACAAGCCUGCUUCACGCAUAGCAACUGCCUUGCUCAGGCUAGAACAAACACCUCAAUGGAUGAGAUCUGUAUUUGACAUUUCUUGCAUUUCUGGAGUAGUCAGCAAUCUAUGUGCACAAAACUUGAGUGCAGAGAUGGUUGAUCUGUUCAGAGCACUUCUGUCAAGGAAAUAUCUAAAUGAAGAACAUGUUGGGUGCCUAAAUCAAAUUUUUCAGGUCUGCAGAAAACAAGCGUACAAGGAUAGUUCUAAAGGCAAAGCACAUGAUAGUUCAGCUAACAGUUUCAUUUCCAGCAAUGCUGAUUUUGGUAAAAUAUGCAACCUUCUUGUUCACCUUAUGAUGUCUCCUGUUUAUAGAGAAAAAGAAACAGAUCAAGAGAGGCUAUUGAGAGAGAUUGAUAUGUUUUAUAGAGAGUUAUCAAUAGAUGGUAGGUGUGAGUGAUGCUCCUUAAAUCCAAAAAACUUCCAUAAGCUCAUUAAAUGUUCAAAUUAAUAUCAUAGAAAUUAUGCAUCAUUUUGUAUAAUGAAUUGCUAAUUUGAGGAGUAAAGCUUGUUUUUUUAUUUAA